GGGAAGAGGAAGGGGGGGGGUCCUCUCCAAAAGAGAUUUUGCUCCGCACCCAAAACCUCAAAGCUCCAUCUGAUUUGCAGAGAACAGAGAGAAAGAAGAGAGAGAGGAGGAGGAGGAGGAGGAGAACGCGAAGAACUGAAGCAGUUGAGCUGAAGCUGUAUAGAGAGAGAGAGAGAGAGAGAGAGAGAGAGAGAGAGAGAGGAAAGAGAGAGAGAUCGUCGUGAGCUCAGAAAUAAUAAUAUACCAAUCGAGUCCCUUUUUCUCUGUUCUUAUCCAAUCCAAUCCCAUCGUUCACGGCUCAGCCUGAUGGAAAAAGGAUUUCACUUAUAUUGAGUUGAAGCGUGGGAAUUUGUUAAUCUCUGAAUUGGGUCUGAAGAGAGUUUUGCCGUGAAUACAGUGAUUUGGUUGUUGAUUUCGUGAUGUUUGAUUGUAUGCCUGUGUGACUGAUGAAGAAAAUGAAUUCGAUUGGAUUGGGUUUAUGAGGUGCUGAAUUCAUUGAAUCGUCUUUCUUGGAAAGGAUCCUUGCCUCUCAAACUUUGAAGAUUAUACAGCGAUAUGUUGGAGGGCCGAUCCUGUGUUGUCCCGAGGGUGUUUUCAAGCUCUUGCCAGCAGGAAAGCAGUUGGGGUUGCAUGAGUUACCGGCUCGGGCUCGACAUUGGGAAUAGCAAGCGUCCACUGGAGAUCGAUAGCGAAGAUGACCAGCAUCAGAGGAAGGCAACCAGGCUCAUUGAUUUGGAAUCACGGCCCCAAGAAGGGGACGACUUGCAAGAAGGUUCCGAUGAUCAACGCCAGUCACCGGAUUCUCAUUCUCUGAUCCCUGGCAUUGACAGGGACAACGCUAUCAGCUGUCUCAUACGCUGCUCUAGAUCCGAUUAUGGUUCUAUAGCAUCACUGAAUAAGAGCUUCAGGUCUCUGAUUAGCAGCGGCGAGCUCUAUAAGCUGAGGAAGCAGAAUGGUGUGAUUGAGCACUGGAUUUAUUUUUCUUGCCAUUUAGUCGAAUGGGAGGCCUUCGAUCCUGUCCGGGUUCGCUGGAUGCGUUUGCCCAGAAUGAUUGAAAAUGAGUAUGUAAUUUUUCCCGACAGGGAGUCCCUUGCUGUGGGCACGGAGCUUCUCGUGUUCACCCGAGACGUGAUGACAAAUUCCUAUGUUAUCUACAAGUAUAGUAUCUUAACUAAUUCUUGGACCUCAGGAAUGAAGAUGAACGUCCCACGAUGCUUGUUCGGCUCUGCUAGCCUGGGAGAGAUUGCAAUUAUAGCAGGGGGACGGGACUCACAGGGGAAUACACUUAGGUCUGCGGAGAUGUAUAACUCGGAGACUCAGGUCUGGGAGCAACUCCCAGACAUGCAUGAACCGAGAAAUAUGUGCUCUGGGGUGUUUAUGGACGGCAAAUUUUACGUGAUCGGUGGGAUGGGAGGGAAUGAGUCCAACAAAUCUCGAGUCCUAACCUGUGGUGAAGAGUUUGAUCUGAAGACUAGGACUUGGACCAAAAUUCCAAACAUGUCCCCUGCUCGCGGAGGUGGAGCGGAUACUCCUGCAGCAGCUGAGGCUCCUCCUCUCGUUGCUGUGGUAAAUAACGAGCUUUAUGCAGCUGAUUAUGCUGACAUGGAGGUGAGGAAGUAUGACAAGCAGAGAAAGGCUUGGUUUACAGUGGGAAGAUUGCCCGAGCGGGCGGCCUCCAUGAACGGUUGGGGCCUCGCUUUCAGGGCCUGUGGAGAUAGCCUUAUUGUCAUAGGUGGGCCUAGGACAGCAGGUGAAGGUAUCAUAGAGGUUAACGCAUGGGCCCCAGCAGCUGGCCCGCCUCAGUGGAACUUGCUAGGCCGAAAGAGGUCGAGUAAUUUCGUGUAUAAUUGUGCUGUAAUGGGAUGCUGAAGGGUCUUGGGCUAUUCUGGGGUCAUCUGUAAUGUUAACGGUUCGACACUCCCGGGGGGUUGUACAAGAUUGGUUUAAUCUAUCCUACGAGAGGAAGAAGAUUCUUGCUAACGGGUACUUUCCCUCUCUUUCCUUUUUUCUUUUCCUUUUACCCUCUAGGGCAGGCAGGGAAGAACGGGGGAAAGAUUUUCAGGUUUCACUCAAGAUUUAUAGAUUUUUUUGAAAGAGGUCUUGAGUUCAUUUUCGUUUCACUACCCAUUGAUUUGCAAUUUUGCCAACCAAUUGGUAUUUCACUUGUGUAACCGAACUAAACGUUGGCGUCCUGUAUCACAGCAAUAGAUUUUGUAACUUGAAGUGCCAAUGGAUUCUUAGAACGAUGUCUACGUUUGCUGAAUUUCUUGCUUAGAAUACAAAAACACUCAUAUGGAAUAAGUUUGUUUUAACUUCC